AUGUUUAGGCACUUCAUAAAAGCUUUGCUGCCUUUUAGGAACCAAUUGAGCCGCACUGUCGGCGGUAAUGGAAGCGCAUUUCAACAAAAUUGUCUGUCGAAGGAAGAGAAAUUAACGGAAGCUCUUAAGAAGUCAUUGCCCGGCAUCACAUACAUCAGUGUUGAAGACAUCUCUGGCGGCUGUGGAGCUAUGUAUGAAAUAAGUGUUGAAGCUAAAGAAUUUGUAGGAUUAUCGACUGUUAAACAACACAGACUGGUCACUGAAUCUCUUAAGAGUGACAUAGCAGAGAUGCAUGGUAUCAGGAUUCACACAACACCCACUAAGGGAGACAAGUAG